AAGUGUAAAGCUAAAGGAUGUCCUUGGCGCAUACAUGCUUCAAGAAUCUCUCAUGGCAAGACAAUAGAGAUCAAAGUAUUGCCUGCAAAGCACAAUUGUCCAACUACUAAACUGAGAGAAGGGAGAAUGGCAACACAAGGCUGGUGUGCAGAUAGGUUGGGGGAUUGGCUGAAGAGAAAUCCAACUAAAGGUCCAAAGGAUUGUAAGGAAAAAUUAGAGGGGGAUUAUGGUAUCAAGCUCAAGUACUCCAAAGCAUGGUCAGGCAUGAAGGUAGCACUAGAGCAGAUCCAUGGAAAGUAUGAGGAGAGUUUUCAGCUUCUUUUCAACUGGAAAGCUCAGAUUGAGUGCAGAUAGAGUGUGAGAGGGUUCAGAAGAAGCAAAGGUUCAGGAGAAUGUUUGUAGCUCUUAGACCUUGUAUUGAUGGAUUCCUAGAGGGGUGCAGACCAUUUAUAGGUGUUGAUGCAUCCAAUUUGUAUGGCAAGUACAUAGGACAGUUGGCAUCCACAACUGGUGUAGAUGGCCACAAUUGGCUGUAUCACAUUGCAUAUGCAAUUUUUGAUAAAGAGAAUGAGGACAACUGGGUUUGGUUCAUGGAACAGUUGCACAGAGCCAUUGGCAAUGUUCCAAACCUAGUUAUUUGUACAGAUGCUUGUAAAGGUCUAGAGACAGCAGUUGGAGCUGUAUUCCCUAAUGCUGAAAAUAGGAAAUGCAUGAGGCACAUGUACCAGAAUUUUAUGAAGCAGUACACAGGUGAUGUCUUCACUGAUCACCUGUAUCCAGCUGCUAGGAACUACACAACUGGAAUGUUCCAGUGGCACAUGAAGAAAAUAUUUGAGUUUGCACCUGACACAAUUGAGUAUCUGGAGACACACCACAGUAGAAUAUGGUACAGAUGUGGGUUCUCUGAAAACAGCAAGUGUGAUUACUUGACCAAUAAUGUGUCAGAGAGUUUCAAUGCUCAAGUGAAGAAGUUCAAAGGGUUGCUGUUGCAUGAACUAGUAGACAAGCUGAGGGAGCUCAUAAUGGAAAAGAGAUACUUGAGAAAGAAACUGGCUAGGCAGUGGCCAGAAGGAAUUCUGCCUAAUGUCAUGAAAGAAUUGAAUCUGAUUAGCAACCAGCUCAAGGUCAUAAAAGUUACAAUGAGUGAUGAUUACAUAGCUGAAGUCACCCUUUUGGACCAUUGGAACAAUCAAAAACGGCACACAGUGGACCUGCAGAAUCACAAAUGCUCUUGCAGGGAGUGGCAAGUUACUGGGAAGCCAUGUAGACAUGCUUUGGCCUGGAUAUUGUCCAAUAGGGGGAUCAAAAUUGAAGACUAUGUUCAUGAGUAAUACUCAGUGGCUAGGUUCAAGAAAGCUUAUGAAGCCAGAGUUGAGGGAAUACCAGAUAGGUCCCAGUGGCCUCAAGUGGAUCUUGGUUUCAAAGUGCAUCCACCAUUGUUGGGCAGAGGACCAGGGAGGCCAAAGGUGCAAAGGAUUAGAGGGUGCAUGGAAAAAAGAACCACAAAGAAAAAGGUUAAAUGCAGCAGAUGCCGUGCACUAGGCUAUUUUGCAAAAACUUGCAAAGAGCCAGAGGUUGGUGAAGAUGGCGCAAAAGGGUUGAGCAGGAAUAAAAGGUAAGAUUUCUGGCACAAAAUGCAUGAACUUGAACAAUCAAUUACUUCAUGUCCAGGUACUGUAAUUGUUGCAUCUGCAACUUGUAGGAAGAAGUGCACAGAAGAUGAUGCUGGCCCCUCCAACGUGAAGAAACAGAAGACUCAACAGAAAAAGAAAGGUACCCCCAAAAAGAAGAAGACCCCUGCAAAGAAGAAGCAAAAGAGGGCAGAGGCAAACCCACCUCCCACUGUUGUCACCAGCAUCAGAAAAUUAGUGUUUGAAGGACAGUUUGCAUGAGAGUGUUGUGUUAUAUGCCUCCAUGCUUUGGCUUUUGGGACAAAAAUUGUAAGGUUAUGUCGUGCUUUUGGACACAAAAACUUGUAAUAUGUCUCCUUAUGCUUCUGGCCACAAAACUUGUAAUGUCUGUGUACUAGAAUUCUGUUAAGUCUGUGAUUUGGAUAUCUGAGACACAAGUGAUGUCAAA